AAAACCUCGUCACCACUCUUCCUCAUAUAUAUAUAAACUCGUUGCUGAAACUCACAACAGCAACAAAUACAUAAUCAACUCAUCAACCAGCUUGAUCUCCACCAUGUCUCCCUACGGCAAACUCGUUGAAUCCGAGCAGGAAAAGCUCGAAGCUCGCCGGAAAACCAGGAGGCGAGUCGCUAUCAUGAGCUUGUCAGCCGUGGUCCUGGUCGGCGUCGUUGUGGCUGCAGUGUUAGGAACAACUCUUGCUCACAACAAUGACGACCACGACGACAACAAUAGAAGCAGCAAUAAUAAUGUCGGUCUUUCAGCUUCGGUGAAAGCUGUGUGUGACGUGACAUUGUACAAGGAUGCUUGUUAUGACAGCCUCGGACGUGUGGUUCAAUCAACAUCAGGACAGGCGAUUAAGCCUGAGGAUUUGUUCAGAAUGUCCCUAAAGGUUGCAUUGGAUGAAGUCGCUGGUGCUGCUGAUAAGUAUUUUUCUGGUGAAAAAGGAGCUUUUGAGGAUUUGAUGAUGAUUGGUGAUAAUAGGACCAUGGAAGCUUUCAACAAUUGCAAGCAGCUUUUGGAUCUUGCUGUUGAUCAUCUCAAUGAUUCUUUGUCUUCUGGGCAGAGUUCUGUUCUUGAGCUUUUUGAUGAUCUUCAAACAUGGUUGACUGCUUCAGGAACAUACCAACAAACAUGCAUAGAUGGCUUAGAGGAAGCAAAAGAAUCACUAAAGAGCAGAGUCAGAAGCUACCUAAAGAACUCUACAGAGCUUACCGGCAACAGUCUCGCCAUUAUCACUUGGCUUAACAAAGCUGCAAGCACGCUAAACUUGAGAAGAAGACGCUUAUUAACCCUGCAAGAUGAUGACAAUGAAGCACCAGCAUGGCUUCAUCAGAAAGACAGAAAGCUUCUUGCAUCAGACAAGGACGUGAAGCAGAAAGCAGACAUUGUUGUGGCCAAAGAUGGCUCUGGAAAGUACAGAACAAUCUCUGAAGCACUCAAGCAUGUCCCUGAAAAGAGUAACAAGAGGACUGUGAUCUAUGUGAAGAAAGGAGUUUACUAUGAGAAUGUUAGAGUAGAGAAGAAAAAGUGGAACGUCAUGAUGAUUGGUGAUGGAAUGUCCAGAACAAUUGUGUCUGGUAGUCUCAACUUUGUCGAUGGCACGCCGACUUUUUCAUCUGCAACAUUUGCUGUUUUUGGGAGAAACUUCAUGGCAAGGGACAUGGGAUUUCGCAACACGGCAGGGCCAGAAAAGCACCAAGCAGUGGCACUGAUGACAAGUGCUGAUCAGGCUGUGUACUACAGAUGUCAAAUUGAUGCAUUCCAGGACACUCUCUAUGUUCAUGCACAGCGCCAGUUCUACAGAGAAUGCAACAUUUAUGGCACUGUUGAUUUCAUCUUUGGAAAUUCUGCCGUUGUGAUUCAAAACUGCAACAUCCUCCCAAAGGUACCUAUGUUGGGCCAGAAGAACACAAUCACAGCACAAGGGAAGAUUGACCCUAACAUGAACACAGGGAUUUCAAUUCAGAAUUGCAGAAUUUCACCCUUUGGGAACUUGAGUUCUGUGCAAACAUAUCUUGGAAGGCCAUGGAAGAACUAUUCAACAACUGUGUUCAUGAAGUCUUCAAUGGGAGACUUAAUUGACCGUAGUGGAUGGUUGCCGUGGGUAGGAAACUCAGCACCAGACACCAUUUUCUAUGCUGAGUUUCGGAAUUUUGGACCUGGUGCUUCAACUAAAGGUAGAGUCACAUGGAAGGGUUUAAGAACAAUUACUGCUAAAGAAGCAAAUAGAUUCACUGUCAAGACUUUUCUUCAAGGAGACCGAUGGAUUCCGGGGACAAGCACCCCCUACAAGUCUUAUCUAUGAUAAGUUUAUUUCAUAUUAAUACAAUGCAAACCUUCUUUUAUGAUAAUUUUCUUGGUUUUUUUGGUUUUUUUUCGGUUUUUUCUUUGCCUUCAUGGUUUUCCUUUGUAUUGUUAACCUCACAGCACUGAAUUGAUUUAUUUAAUUCAAUAUUUGGAUUAACAUUCUCGAGAAAUUAUUAGAUACAUUACUUAUGAGUGUUUCAUAAAGCAAAAUGAAGCCAAAUUGAAGGACUUAAUAUUGAAUCUUCAUUUAUAAACCCAUGAAUGUAAUAAACAGAAGGUCUCUGGUUUCUACUAGUGUCCAAUAAAAAUGGCAAUCAAGCUACAUUGAGAAUCAGAUAUGAUC